UAUCCUCAGGAAAUCGCAGACGGUUCUUGUGACAACAGAUGUUAUUACAAGUUUCAUUUCAGCUUGAAGCUUUUUCUCUAACCAUAUUCUCGGAUUUCUUUGGGUAAUCUCAAAUAAUUCUCAACUACUAAACAUUGCUUCAAGAAAGUCAGUGGUGAAAAGGUUCCACUGAAUGAUCAACUUCCAGGCUUAACAGCGCUUGUACCUCAUAUCUUAUCGGGAUGACACAGUCUGUUAAUAACCUUCCAGAUCUUGGAGGUCCCUUUCUUUACUGGGAACAAAAUGAAAAUGAGAAAACUUCAUACUGUGUAGAAACUCCAUACGGUUUUCAGUUGGAUUUGGAUUUCUUAAAAUAUGUUGAUGACAUUCAGAGUGGUCAGACCUUGAAAAAAGUGACAGGUAACCGAAAGCCCAGGGUACCACGACGCUCAACAUCAUCCUUAAGAAGCCUAUCAAGUCAAACUGGUACUUGGCUUUCAACAGAAUCAUUGGACUUUAGUGAGGAUGGAACAUCAGAUUCUGUUUUUUAUGAUGUCAAAACUGAAACUAGUUCCUCUGGCCCUAAAGAAACAUUGGGUGUGCGUAAGUCUAACCCACUUUCUCCAGCACCCAUUAUUAAACUGCUCCCUCCUCCUUCAUCAAAGUCUCACUUAAAAAAUUCUCGUGUUGAGAAAACACUGGCUGAGACACGUAAGAGGCUUGAACAAGAGCAGCUAAAUCUGUAUUAUGAAGAAGUACAAGGAAGAACAUGUCAACCUUCAAACCUUUCAAAGCUUAGUGCUGCUAGCAGAAGUUCACCAAACCUCACCCAGACAUCCUUAACUGUGCAUCAUAAUAAAAGUGGAGAAAGACGAGCUAUGUUGAAUGAAGGUUUCUCAGGAUCUGUGAAAAUCAGUCCUGUAAAUUCUGGAAGAAGCACCCCAGCUACUAAUACUACUUCAACUCAUCUGCACUAUAUAAGGGAGCAGAUGGCUGCUUCACUAAAGCAACUGAAAGAUCUGGAAGAACAGGUGAAGGUCAUUCCUUUGUUACAGAUGAGGAUUUCUAAGUUGGACAAAGAAAAAAAGCAGCUGAUGGUUGAUAUGGAGAAGCAAAAAACAAGCUUUGGUAAGGACCUAACAACUGUUAAUGAUUCUAGACUGAAUGACAGUGAUUCAAAGAAAAGCUUAGAUUCUAUUUCUGAACAGGACCAUGGCUUAGAGUCUAUAGCAUCUAAACCAAGUAAAAUUGCAGAGCUAAAAAGACUCACAGAAAAACUAAGUGAUACAGAUAAAAGUACAGGUACCAAUAAAAUGGUAACUGAGAAAUCUCUUGCUCGCCACCAACUAGUAAACAAAAACUCCCACAAGUCCAUUGCAGUUGGAGACGAUUUCAGUAUGGAGGAUGCUGUGUUCUAUUACAGGUCUCAACAAGAAAACAAAGAAGUGGCAGUACAAUGCACUACUGAGACGCAACAUGUUGGAGUAUGGGUAAUGGAAUCACUACUGGGACUGACUUGUGAGGCUGACAAGGAAAUACAACUUCUCCAGCAUACAAUAGAGCAUCAAAAGGCAGUGAUUAGUAUGCUUGAAGAUCAUGUAAAAGCCGCAGCGGAUGAGCUGGAAGAGCUAAGGCUAGCUGUCUUCUCUAGACAAUUCGUAGAUGUGGGAGAUAAAGAAAAUGAGCUGCAACCACAGACUCUGGAUUCAUCACCUGAAACAUAUGUUCCAAUGUUCAGAAAAUCACCAGAAGAAUAUUUAAAAGCUGACACUGCAAUUACCUACUCUUCAGACAUACCUUCCACUGGCAUAACAUGUGUCACAGAAACACACACAGUUGGAGUCAUGUCAGAUAUGAUGGUGGUAUAUGAAGGUGAAAACACUCAGGAAAAUAACGAAGCAGAGUCAUCAUGUUGUGAGAAUGCAGUAGAAACAGAAAGUCAGCCAGAAGUUAUGAAUGUUGCUACAAAUAAAGAGCAUGUCAAAAACAUUGUGGACAUGUGUGAUGAGUCUAUGGCAAAAAACAAGGUGCAUGAAGAGAAAGUUGCACUUUGUUCAUCUACAGAAGUGAGCUACACGCAGUCUACAGACAUUCAAAGCCCAUGCAGAGUAGCUGAAGACAGUAUUGAUGAAAAGAAUGAAGUUACAAAGGGAAGCAAGAAUCUGGAAAAUGUGGAAAGAUGUAGUUUUCACUGACUGUGCUCAGGUCUUAAGUAAUUAAACUGUUGAAGAUGGUGGGAAAGUCACUGCUAUCAACAAAAGAACUGAGGUGCAUUACAUCAUAGCUGCUCCCUCAGUGACUGCCAUUGUUGUUUUGACAAUUUUAUUUCAUAACUAUAUGUUUCAAUAAAAAUAGUAUGUUUAUACACUGUAGUUGUAAUCUAGUAAGAAUAUUUAAAAAAAAAAAUACAUCUGCAGAUUUCCACAGUAUGCCAGUACCUCAUAUAAUUCUUCAGGAGAUGGGGGAGUAGUUUGUCUUUUUAUGGUUUGUAUUUAAUUAUGUUGCUUUUGAAAUACAUUAAAACAGGAAAUGGGAUCUAAGAAAACAAUUUUAUUCAUAAAUGUACAAUAUCUGAUAACUGAUUAAAGUUUUCCUGUGUGA